ACCCUGCUGGUUGUUAGCUAUGGCAAAUGGCAGCGGCGUCGGCAGCAGCAGCAGCGCCUCGGGAGGCAGCGGCGGCAUUAGAAUGAGUAACAGCAUCAGCGCCAGCAAUCUCAACACGGACUCGUCCUCGUCCCCGGUCAGCUUGCCCAAGAUGGAUGCGCUCAUCAUCCCGGUGACCAUGGAGGUGCCCUGCGAUAGCCGCGGACAGCGCAUGUGGUGGGCUUUCCUCGCCUCGUCCAUGGUCACGUUCUUUGGCGGGCUCUUUAUCAUCCUGCUCUGGAGGACCCUCAAGUACCUGUGGACCGUCUGCUGUCACUGCGGGGUCAAAAACAAGGAGGCCCAGAAGAUUAAUGCUGGUGGGGAAACCCAGGCUGAUGGGACCUGCAAACCUACAGAUGAGAAAGAGGAGACUGUCGCAGCAGAAGUGGGCUGGAUGACUUCUGUGAAAGACUGGGCAGGAGUGAUGAUAUCUGCCCAGACUCUAACCGGCAGAGUCCUUGUUGUCUUAGUCUUUGCUCUUAGUAUUGGUGCUCUUGUAAUAUACUUCAUAGAUUCGUCAAACCCAAUAGAAUCCUGCCAGAAUUUCUACAAAGAUUUCACGUUACAGAUAGACAUGGCUUUCAACGUGUUCUUCCUACUCUACUUUGGCUUGCGUUUCAUUGCAGCCAAUGACAAGCUGUGGUUUUGGCUGGAAGUUAACUCAGUAGUAGAUUUCUUCACAGUCCCUCCAGUGUUUGUGUCAGUGUAUUUAAACAGAAGUUGGCUUGGUUUAAGAUUUUUAAGAGCCCUUAGACUGAUACAGUUUUCAGAAAUUUUGCAGUUUCUGAAUAUCCUAAAAACAAGUAAUUCCAUCAAGCUGGUGAAUCUGUGCUCUAUAUUUAUCAGCACAUGGCUGACAGCAGCUGGGUUCAUACAUUUGGUGGAGAACUCAGGGGAUCCAUGGGAAAAUUUCCAAAAUAACCAACCACUUACAUAUUGGGAAUGUGUUUAUUUACUAAUGGUUACAAUGUCCACUGUUGGCUAUGGAGAUGUUUAUGCAAAAACAACCCUUGGACGCCUUUUCAUGGUCUUCUUCAUCCUCGGGGGAUUGGCCAUGUUUGCCAGCUACGUCCCUGAAAUCAUAGAGUUAAUAGGAAACCGCAAGAAAUAUGGUGGUUCCUAUAGUGCGGUUAGUGGAAGAAAGCACAUAGUUGUCUGUGGUCACAUAACACUUGAAAGUGUGUCCAACUUCCUGAAGGACUUCCUACACAAGGACAGGGAUGAUGUGAACGUGGAAAUCGUCUUUCUGCAUAAUAUCUCCCCUAACCUUGAGCUGGAAGCUCUUUUUAAACGACACUUCACUCAGGUGGAAUUUUAUCAGGGUUCAGUUCUCAAUCCGCAUGACCUGGCAAGAGUAAAGAUAGAGUCAGCAGAUGCAUGCCUAAUCCUUGCCAAUAAAUACUGCGCUGACCCAGAUGCUGAAGAUGCCUCCAAUAUUAUGAGAGUAAUUUCCAUAAAGAAUUACCAUCCGAAGAUAAGAAUUAUCACUCAGAUGCUGCAGUAUCAUAACAAGGCCCAUCUGCUAAAUAUCCCAAGCUGGAAUUGGAAAGAAGGGGAUGAUGCAAUCUGUCUUGCUGAGCUCAAGCUGGGUUUCAUAGCCCAGAGCUGCCUGGCACCGGGCCUCUCGACAAUGCUAGCCAACCUCUUCUCUAUGAGGUCAUUCAUAAAGAUUGAGGAGGAUACGUGGCAGAAAUACUAUCUAGAAGGAGUCUCAAAUGAAAUGUAUACAGAAUAUCUAUCUAGUGCCUUUGUGGGUCUAUCUUUCCCUGCAGUUUGUGAACUGGUGUUUGCGAAGCUAAAGCUCUUAAUGAUAGCCAUAGAAUACAAGUCAGAAAAACGGGAAAGCAGUAUAUUAAUCAAUCCCGGAAACCACGUCAAGAUUCAAGAAGGUACUUUAGGAUUCUUCAUUGCAAGUGAUGCCAAAGAAGUGAAAAGGGCGUAUUUUUACUGCAAGGCCUGUCAUGAUGACAUCACAGAUCCCAAAAGGAUAAAAAAAUGUGGCUGCAAACGGCCCAAGAUGUCCAUCUACAAGAGAAUGAAACUGGCAUGUUGUUUUGAUUGCGGACGCUCUGAGCGUGACUGCUCUUGCAUGUCAGGCAGUGUACAUAGUAACAUGGACACCCUUGAGAGAGCCUUCCCACUUUCUUCUGUCUCUGUUAAUGAUUGCUCCACCAGUUUACGUGCCUUUGAAGAUGAACAUCCGUCGACACUGUCACCCAAAAAAAAGCAGCGAAAUGGAGGCAUGAGAAAUUCACCCAACUCCUCGCCCAAACUGAUGAGGCAUGACCCCUUGUUAAUUCCCGGCAAUGAGCAGAUUGACAACAUGGAUGCCAGUGUGAAAAAAUAUGACUCCACGGGGAUGUUUCAUUGGUGUCCAGGAAAGGACAUUGAAAAGGUCAUAUUGACCCGGAGUGAAGCUGCAAUGACAGUUUUAAGUGGUCAUGUGGUCGUUUGCAUAUUUGGGGAUGCUAAGUCUGCAUUGAUUGGAGUAAGAAAUCUAGUGAUGCCAUUACGAGCCAGCAACUUUCACUACCAUGAACUCAAGCACAUUGUGUUUGUGGGUUCACUUGAAUAUCUGAAAAGGGAAUGGGAGACACUACACAACUUCCCCAAGGUUUCAAUCUUGCCUGGUACGCCAUUAAGUCGGGCUGAUUUAAGGGCUGUCAACAUCAACCUCUGCGACAUGUGCGUUAUCCUGUCAGCCAAUCAGAAUAAUAUUGAUGAUGCUUCGCUGCAGGACAAGGAAUGCAUCUUGGCGUCACUCAACAUCAAAUCUAUGCAGUUUGAUGACAGCAUUGGGGUCUUGCAGGCUAAUUCCCAAGGGUUUACGCCACCAGGAAUGGAUAGGUCAUCUCCAGACAACAGUCCAGUCCAUGGUCUGUUACGUCAACCCUCAAUCACAACAGGAGCCAACAUACCUAUUAUAACAGAGCUAGUAAACGAUUCAAACGUUCAAUUUUUGGACCAAGAUGACGACGAUGACCCAGACACAGAAUUGUAUCUCACACAGCCAUUUGCAUGUGGAACCGCAUUCGCCGUCAGUGUAUUGGACUCCCUCAUGAGCGCUACAUACUUCAAUGACAAUAUCCUCACACUGAUACGGACGUUGGUAACAGGAGGAGCCACACCAGAGCUGGAAGCGCUGAUUGCUGAGGAGAAUGCACUGAGAGGAGGCUACAGCACGCCCCAGACACUUGCAAACAGGGACAGGUGUCGAGUUGCUCAGUUGGCUUUGUAUGAUGGGCCAUUUGCAGACCUAGGGGAUGGUGGUUGUUAUGGAGAUCUGUUUUGUAAAGCACUGAAAACAUACAAUAUGCUUUGUUUUGGAAUUUACCGAUUGAGGGAUGCACAUCUAAGCACACCUAGCCAAUGCACUAAACGCUAUGUUAUCACAAAUCCACCAUAUGAGUUUGAGCUUGUGCCCACAGACUUGAUCUUCUGUUUGAUGCAAUUUGACCACAAUGCUGGCCAGUCCCGGGCCAGUCUUUCUCAUUCCUCCCAUUCUUCCUACUCCUCCAGCAAAAAGAGCUCAUCGGUUCACUCUAUCCCAUCGACAGCAAACCGACAGAACCGCACUAAGACUCGGGACUCCCGGGAAAAACAGAAGUAUGUGCAAGAAGAUAGACUUUGAUAUGUGUACCCACCCUACUGUGUGUGAAACGUGCAUCUGCCACCCAUUCCUCCCAGUUGGUGUUUCCCUGUUUUCCUAUGGAGUUCUUCUCCCUCCUUUUUUGUACACACAUUUUACAUAUCUAUGACAGUGUGCAUGUAAUUAUCAUUUUUAUUUCAUCACUAUAAAACCCUUAAGCACAACAGCAACAAAGCAGACGGACCAAUGAUGCUAAGGGGGAAAAAACCUAAACCCAUAGGCAUGCCAAAAACAUAAAUAACUCACCGUAGCAACUACUCUACAUAUCAGAAGGUGUUUGGCAUGAACACUUGAUGUCAGAGUUACACAAAGAAAGUUAUUUAAUGCAGAAGUGUUGCUGUAUUGGGGUUUUUGUUAAAACAUACACAAGAAGUUAGUAACUUUAUUUGAAGCUUAGAAGGCUUACCCACUGAAAAAAACCAAACUACUGAUUGUUUCACUGUCAAAGCUGAAAUAGCAUAAGGCUUUCACUAUUUGUAUAGAUUAUUAAGCACCUGCUCUAUACCAAAGUAACAACAUCACAGACUUGUAUAAGGACAUUCUUUAAAAUACUGUCCUUUUAGAGAGAACAUCUCCUCCCUUUAACUAUGAAAUUUUCCAGGCAUAGAGUUUUACAACUCCAAGUUUUUAAAAAAAAUGUCUAAUAGCAUGUUAAAUUAUUAGUCUUUCUAUUUAUACUGCCACAUGAGUAGCUAUAUUUUCGUUCACUUUUGACAUUUGGGAUGAAAAGCCAUAUGUUUCUUGGAUGUAAGUCAUUAAAACUGCUUUCCCAGUACUUUUACAUCUUUGAAAAGGUAACUAAUUCACCUUAUGUACAGAGAAGAGAAAGUAUUUUUCCAUGUUUAAGUAUCAUCCCCUAAGUAUCAGUCUUCAGGGGCCUUUAACUUAGUCAAGUUUGGUAUAGACCCUUCAGUAAACGUCCUAAUUAAUGGAAAUCCUGGACCGUGUUCUGGUUUGUGAAGGGUGCAUGCCAGCAAUGCUUUUGGAGGAGUACAGGGGAGAAGGAGCUUCUCUGUGGGCCUUCAGCAUAAGAAGCUGUGAAGGGGUGCGUAAUGGAGGAUGUCCCACACAUUAACCUAUAUGUAUUCCCAAACCAAGUAGUGGCUACUCAUGGACUAGAGGGGGGCAGAAGGAAAGAUGCUGUGUGCUAGGCUGCUCCUAACCACAAUAUUGGAGGCAGGGGAGGAGUAUUGUAAUACUUGCAGUGCAGCCGCCUCACCUUCCCUGCACUUGACAGAAUUUAGAUUGCUUACCAGUUAGCUAAGCUAAAGUUGUGGCAGAAAAUUAAAUACACUAAAGAAAGGACACCUAAGAUAGAAAGCCACAAAAAUGUAUUUUUCAAACCUAUUUUAAAUGCUGUUGGGAAGAGCAAGCCAUGAAAUCAUACCCCCUACUUCAUUUGUGAUUGGCUGCCGAGCACAGAAGGUGUCUCUCUAGGAAACAUAUGCAAACCAGGCAGAGGAGGAGUAGCAUGGUAGCUGCCAAAAAGCAAGAGGUGUUUUUAUGGUUAGUGCUGUUUUCUCCCCUCUCCCCUCCCCAAGCAUGGUAAUUUUGGAGCUUUGCUUGCUGUGUGAAUUGACAAUGAAGUCAAGCACUUUUACUGACAAAACCUGGUAUGGUACAGCUGGGGCUACCCACAGUGCAUCGGUGCAGCGUUAAUAGUAAUGAUUGGAAUGAGAAAUUAUUUUGUGUGUGAGCGCGCGCGUGUGUGUGUAAUCAAAUGUAUCUGCAAGUCCUAUCAAGGGCAGGUGUUUCAAAUUAUGUUUGUCCCCAUCCCAAAAAUUCUUGCAUAUGAAGACAAAUUCAGGUAUUCUUGGAAAAUAGUUAUGACUGUUCUUAUGGCAAAACUUCAUAACUACAAGGCUGUGCCAGUUAAAGUGCUCAACAGGAAAUCUGACAGUUUAAAAGCAUUGUAAAACUUACAUAGCUUACUUCUCUUUCUAAAGUGCAACAAGGAUGAAUAGAAUGGGCCAAGGUAUGACAAUUAAUGGUUCUGCAUGACCUAGCAACUGCUGUGGGUUUCCUUCUAUAACGUUGUCCUUGUGAAAACUUGUGGAAUUAAAA